AUGGAACUUGAGCCAGGCUCAGCAUCGGGCAGUGCCUAUUUCCCAAAGUAUGGAGAUGAAGGGCACGAGCUGAUGUACUUUUCCAGGGGCACGGUGCAAUCAUUACCGCCGUUUGCGAAAGAUUUCAUCUACACCAAGAUCCCAGCUCUCAGCCCCUUGGUUUCAGUGGACGGCAAGUGGCGGCUUACUUUGAACCGCUACACGCCGCAAGGCGAUCAGCAGGAGAUAGCUUCAUCUCCGGCGACGCGACCCGGUUUUCCAUAUCACAAGGACCUGCCGGCAAACGGUGACGUCACGAUGAUCUUAACCCUCCAAGCAAGAGGCGACCUGGAGCUAGUUCCAGAAACAGAUCCGCACAGUGCGUCUUGCAUGGCCACUGCGGGCAAUGAGAAGCCGGUCGUGGGCAGAGUCACUGCGGUGAAAGAUCACUACGGCUUCAUUCGGGUGGAAGACCGAAGGACGGACAUUCACUUCUUCUUGGAUCGCAUAACCAAGCAUGGUGGCCUGGGGGUCAAAGCUGGUGAUAGUGUCCGGUGCUGGAUCAAGGACGGACGAGGUGGAAAAGAGACGGCCGCGGUGGUAGAAGUCACCCGCUUUUCGACAAAGACUGACAGAAAGUUGGAAGCAUUGAGGCGAAUGCAGAAAUGGAGGCUAUUGCUGUCUAGCCCGGAGCACAACAACGAGGAGCUGCAGACGGCUAAAUUCGAGGCCGAAUCCUGCUUGGCCGCCUGGCGUGCUGUCUCGGACCUCGUGGGAAGCGCCAUGGAUCCGCAGUGGUCAGCUCUUGCAGACGUACCUGCGAACGGGAUUGAUCUCCCCUCUGGUGCUGGCCCUGAGAGCCAGAUCGCGAAAGAGCCUCGUGAUGCGGAAACCUCACCCGAGCUGCCCAAGCACAAGCGAGCAUUUUGCGCCGAACGUGUCUAUGCGGAGCAAGUCAUGCAAGAACACAUUGACUUGCGCGCAAGACCGCCUCCCUGCAUUGAGCAGCGGCCCGUGAAGACGGUCGCCUUUACUCAUGGUAGGGUAAGCCCAGAGUUCAAAAAUGGAUUGAGCUUGACAAAGCUCUUGGGUGAUCUGAGGCGGGGUAGAGUGAACCCGGCAGUCGACUCCAGACUGCAGCUUGAUGUGUGUCAACUCCGUGGCAAGAUGCGAUCACUGAACAAUCGGCGAUUGUGGGUGUUGAAGGAGUUCCAGCGAGAACAGGAUGAGAAAGGCUUCGAAGUAUGCGUUUCCGUGAAUGCGCAUCCACUCUGCAGGGGUACAGCCAAGUUCAUCCAGGACCUCUGUCAGGGGCGUCCUCGUUCGACAAGUCCAUCAGCUGUACAUCCAGAGGCAAGCGAGGCACGUGCGACGUUGCACGACAUUAUUAUGGAAAGGGAAGGGGCCAAGGACUGGGCGCUCCUGGAGUUCGCAGAGAUCCAAAGCCAAGUGCCAGUUAGCGACCUGACCUGUGUCGGAGCGGCCCCACAGCCUGAAGCUAAGCGCCGUCGCAUCAGCCACGCUGUGCCGACCGCUGCGGGCUUGAAGCAAGACAAUGCCGAUGUCCGUGAUUGCUUCUCGGGCUCCGUCGUCGAUGUUGUCAAGUUUGGAUCUAAGCUGCAUGUCGCGGAUCGAGAAGUCUUCAACACCUUGGAAGGAUUUCAAUUUCGCCGUGUGGAGACGGUGCGCGUGGUUCCCCUGUGCCCCUGGACGGCGAAGCUGGUCCUGGCAAACAGCAGCCGGAACGAUGGGAAGAGCGUUGAAGUCCGCGGAACCAUUGCCCAGGACGGCGAAUGGACGCUGGGACGCAUCGUCGAGCUCUUGCUAGAAUUGGCUAACCACCUCUGGCAGUCUCCCCAAGCUCCGAGAAUUUUUCAGAUUCUUGCAGCUUCGCGCUUGCUUGGUGAGCGGUGCGGCCUGAUAUCUGCGAUGCGUUCGCCAGAACGACCACUGCAAGCAUCGCAAAGCAUCUGGCCGUUCUUGCAGCAUUUGAUGAAGGUGCAGCCUUACAGCUUUCAAAAAGCAGUACCUGCAUGCAGAUACUUGUGCCGAAUGUCAGCAGGAGCACAAGAUUCUACGAAUGUCUCGGGUACAGAGCAGCUCUUGCAUCUCGUAUCCUCGGCUUCCAAUGUGCUUGCUUCGGGACAGGCUGACGUGACUGAUGCAUCCUGGGACUGCAUGCCUCUGGUCCCCUCUUCGAAGGAAUUGCGGACUCAGAAGACGAACAUUCUGCCCGACGGCCGCAGGAGGAACACAACAUCGCGAACGCUGCCUGUCGUGAGGCAAGUCGGAGGCUACAAGUCCCUUGGCGCUUACUUGGACACAUACUUCCGCCUUCUUCGCGAGGAUUGCACGGCGGCCAUCCGCAACUCGCUUGCAGAUGUGCGCGACCACGGGAAGGAGGCGGACGCGGUUAAGAAGGACAGCAAUGCUUUCCGAGCUACCCUCGAAGGCUUUACUGUGGGGCACGGCCAGGAAGGUGGGGUCGACAGCCGAAUCAAGGUGGUCCUCAAAAUUGAGCCCAUGCUUUCACGAGCACGAUGGGAGCUUCGAGCAGCCAAGUGCUUCAUGAACGGCAAUCUGGUUGCAUGUGUUUGCAAUGAAGAUUUCGAUCAUCCAAUUUGGAUGCUGGCCGCUCGCCGCGAGCUGAAACGAUCGAACGGCAUAGUGGCACUCGACUUCUAUGUGGAUGCCAGAAGCUCGUCACAAGCGUCCAUGGAAGCCAGCCAGGUGGCAUCUGUAUGGAAAGCAACAAAGCUGACCUUGAUAGCGUCUCCAACGUAUUUCCGAUCGUUUGAGCCGAUCCUCCGCCGACUGCAGGCCACAGAGGAGGUGGGCUUGCCUUUCCAGGAGGAGUUGGUGCAUUGCAAGACAGCAGAAAAACGACCAUUGAGCCUAUGUGCUGCAGACGCCGUCGACAGGAGCCUCGUGUUUUCAGGCCCGGAGCUGCAAUCGGAUGUCUCCUACCAGCUUGUGGGCAUCACUGCUCUGACCGAGAUGCGUGCAUGGGCACUGGGCAAACAGACCACAAUUUAUUGCCCUUCUGGCCGGUGUCUCUUCGAUAUCAGCUGGAACGAUCCGUUCAAGAAGUUUCGCAUUCGGAACCGCGCUGGUCACCAGAUUCUGAUUGUUUCCGGUGGGCAGACUGGACAUGCAGCAUCUUCCGACUUGGCCACCGGAAGCGGAGAUGAAGCCGGGGAUGAGGCUUCCGCGGUUGCCAACGUGAUCCAAAGCGGGGCUGAAGCACACGUGCCAGUCUGCUGUGAUGUGGUCAUCCAGACCGAGCCAUCGAAGGAGCUUCGAUAUCGAAUCCUUCCACGCCGCGGCACCGUUCACCAACUUUGUAUGGAUUUGGAAGCUGCCAUUGAACGUGCAUGCGAGCCGUCCUCGAUGAACGAUUCAGUGACUACUUGGGACAAAAGCCAGCUGCAGGCGGCACACCAUGCCCUGCACUGCCGCGUAUCCCUCAUCCAAGGCCCACCAGGUACAGGAAAGACCUUCAUUGGGUACAAGCUGUUACAGAUGCUGGUGAAGAAAUCUCGAGUCCUCGUGUUGACGUACAAGAACCAUGCACUGGACGACUUCUUGCAACAUUGCGUGGAGGGGCAGUACACCAAAACGAUGGCCCGGGUUGGCCGGAACAGCGCGGACUCUGCGGAGUUGCAGGCAUGCAAUCUGAAAAGCCUCAGGAAGAAGAAGCUCGCAAAGACUGUUGACCAGGCGCAGCAGGACCCUUCCAUGAAGGAACUGCGGACGCACAUCUUUCAGUCAAAGGUUGAUGUGAAGGGCAGGCAGAGCGAGUUGCUGAGCGCAAUGGAGAAGUUUCGGAACCGAGGAGUUCAUUCCGUUGAUACUUUCCUCGGCAGCAUCUGUGGUCAUCAGCUCGUUCAGUUUUGCCGAGAUUCCCCAAGAAGGGGCAGGAAUGUUGACUGGCUACGGCGGACCUUGGAAAGCUAUCGAAACUACCUCUGCAAUUGGCCGGAUGACCUUCCGCGAAUGCUGCACUCUGAAGUCCAGCUCGAUUCUCUCGAUUGGCAAGAAGACCCUGGGGAGACUUCCCGUCUGCAACAGGACUGUCACUGGAUGCGGUCCGCACUCGAGGAAGUGCUGGCAGACUGGUGUCCUGAUCAGGGCAUGGUCACGGAAGCUGCAAGCAUGCUCUUCAGCGAAGCCGGGGUGACGCUACCCGACGACUUAGACCAGGUGAUGGGCGCACAUGGCUAUGAAAUUGUUCAGGUGCAAACUGCCGAGGAGUGGGACACAGUUGUCCACGCCUUGAGCAGCAACUUUCAGCUGCAGCGUUCUAUCCCCUUGCGCAUGGAUACUAGACUGGAAAAGGGCUGGGUUUUGCGCGAAAUGAUGGAUCCAGCGACCGGAGGGAUGCUGCCGGUGCAAACACCAGAGCAUCUGCCAGUGAAUCUUUGCUUCGAGGCCGAUGAUGAGGCUGAGCGAGAACUGCAGGCGGAAAUCGAGGCAGAGCGCGGCAAUGGGCCAAGCGAUGGCGGGGAAGGUCUCAGCAAGGACGAGUGGCGGGCCAUGGUUCUCCGACAGCCGUCCUUCCAGCAAUGGCAGCGCCACAUCCGCAUGGAGCAUCUUCCUAAGGAGGGAGCUGCGCAGAUGGGAGCUGACCCCAGAGAUCGUGCGAUCUGGGAUGUGCCAAACCUUUUCCAGCUUUCGAAAUUGAAUCGAGCACGCUUGGUGGCGCAGCACAUCGCUCAGCAAGCCGCUACCCGUCGUCGAGAUCUCGAAGUCGCUUUGACGACCCUAACGCAAGCAUGCGAGGAAGAGGAGUCAACUGAUGUUGCUAUGAGUGCGCGGGUCUUGAAGAACAAGAGAAUCGUGGGUAUGACGAUAACCGGUGCCUCCAUCAACUCCGCCCUCAUUGCACAGCUCAAACCCGAUGUGGUCCUCGUGGAGGAGGCUGCAGAAGUCUUGGAGCCACAGAUCCUCGCGGUGCUAGGUCCCUGGGUCAAGCAUUUGAUCAUGAUCGGAGACCACAGACAGCUACCGCCUCCCGUGGAGACAUACGCUCUAAGGCUGAACAACUUAUUCGACGUGAGCAUGAUGGAGCGCCUUCUUGGAAACGGGCUGCCCAGCGUCGAGCUUCAAGCACAAGGGCGCAUGCUGCCUGGACUCUCCAAGCUCUUGAAGUCGAUCUACCCGCAUUUGAAGGACAAUACUAAGAUCACUACCAAGCUUGCUGCUCCAGCCUGCGUGGCUUCAGAAGUUUUUUUCUGGCAUUGUCCACAUCCAGAAGAAGAGGGUGAGCGAAGUCACGUCAACAAGCGCGAGUGUGACAGGGCUGUGCAACUGGCUCGUUUCUUCAUUUCUCAGGGCUUCAAACCGAAGCAGAUCACGAUCCUGGCUCCAUACCUGGGUCAGGUGACUCUGAUCAAAAACACCUUGCGAGAGGAAAUUCCCAAGUUCUUGGCAGAGAUGGGUCAAGAGCAGCACCUGAGCUCCUUCGCAGCUCGCAUCGACCCAGUGCUUCUCAAACGUGGAAAUCGCGUGGACAUAACUUCUUCCACGGUCCGCCAACAGAGAGUUUACUCUGUGGACGGACAGCCGGCGCAACCAGGAUGCUACCGCGCGACCCUCACGGAUACCCACCACGCAUCUGCCAAGGACGAUUUCGUUGAGGUGCAAUUGGUGCCAGAUGCUGUGCAGCCGGACCAGAUGCCAGAGGUCAGUUCGAUUGACAGGUACCAAGGAGCUGAGAACGACAUCGUUAUUGUGUCUCUGGUCAGAUCCAACCAACAGAAUAGAUUGGGUUUCCUUGGCACCGAUGAUGGCAAGAACCGCAUGUGCGUCGCACAAUCCCGUGCCCGAUGCGGCAUGUACUUCAUUGGAAACGAAGCUUGCCUGCGGACUUCAGUCCAUUGGUGCGAAUUCCUUGACAAGUUACAGGAGCGAGGGAGUGUGGGAAGCAAGUUCCCACAAAGAUGUCCUCGUCACAGGCAUGUGCACAAUGAUGCUCUGGAGGCAGAAGAUGUGUGCACAACGCAAUCUGCAGUUUGUGGAGUGCUCUGUGGCGCUCAGUUUGCCUGUGGCAUUGAAGCGCACACUUGCAAGCGUCCAUGCCAUCCAGAAGAGGACGGGGACAGUCACAGUGCCUCGAAGUGCGACCACGUUAGCACACUGGUCUUCAACUGCUCGGAGUCGCCAAGUCACGAGUUUCAACUGCCAUGUCGUGAACGUAUGAAGCACAAGCUCUGCCCCUACAAAGAGCAACUGUCUUGUCGACGAUUUGCUUCGCACAAGCUCACACGCAAAUGUGGCCAACUGAAGGAGGAUGUGUUACGUUCUUGUCAGAAACGGUGUGAAUCGAAGCUUGGCUGUGGCCACCUUUGCCCCAAGAAGUGCUUCGAGCCUUGCAUACAGGAGGCGGAGUGCCUAGAGAAGAAGCCCUUUGACUGUCCGAGUUUUCCUGAGAAGCACUCCAAGAUACAUCUUGCUUGCAAUUCCACUCCAGAACAAGUGGCCAAGAACUGCAGCGCACGAUGCAGCCGGAAGCUGCCUUGCGAACACUACUGCCCCAACAAAUGCGGUGAGCCCUGCGCGACUACCUGCGACAAGCCAUGCCAAAAGAAGCUUGGUUGUGGCCACCUUUGCCCCAAGAAGUGUUUCGAACCUUGCAUACAGCAAGAGGAGUGCUUGGAGAAGAAAGACUUUGACUGUCCAAGUUUUCCUGAGAAGCACUCCAAGAUACACCUCGCAUGCAACUCCACUCCAGAACAGGUGGCUCUUAAUUGCAGAGACCGAUGCAGCAGGAAGCUGUCCUGCGAACACUACUGCCCUAACAGAUGUGGUGACCCCUGCGUGACUAAAUGCCACAGGGCAUGCCGAAAGAAGCUUGGUUGUGGCCACCUUUGCCCCAGGAAGUGCUUCGAGCCUUGCAUACAGGAGGCGGAGUGCCUGGAGAAGAAGCCCUUUGACUGUCCUAGUUUUCCUGAGAAGCACUCCAAGAUACAUCUCGCUUGCAAUUCCACUACAGAACAAGUGGCCAAGAACUGCAGCGCACGAUGCAGCCGGAAGCUGCCUUGCGAACACUACUGCCCCAACAAAUGCGGUGAGCCCUGUGCGACUACCUGCCACAAGCCAUGCCGAAAGAAGCUUGGAUGUGGUCACUUUUGCACCAGGACGUGCUUCGAGCCCUGCAUACAGGAAGCAGAGUGCUUGGAGAAGAAAGACUUUGACUGUCCGAGCUUUCCUGAGGAGCAUUCCAAGAUACAGCUCGCUUGCAAUUCCACUCCAGAACAGGUGGCCGCCAGCUGCAGAGAACGAUGCAGCCGGAAGCUGCCCUGCGGGCACGACUGCCCCAACACAUGUGGUGAGGCCUGUGCGACCCUGUGCCUGCAGCGAUGCAGCGCGCGUCUUGUCUGCGGCCACACCUGCUCGCGUCGGUGCGGAGAGGAGUGUAAAUGCCAAGCGAAGUGCGAACGAGAGCUUCCUUGCGGCCAUCUGUGCCAGAAACAAUGUAGCGACUGCAGUGGUGCCCACGAUGUCUCUAGCUGCGAGGAGCGUUGCAGUCGAAAGCUGUUCUGUGGCCAUUUCUGCGGACGUCUCUGCUACGAGCCCUGUGGGCAAGUUUGCCUCGGUUGCGUCUCUCGUGAGCAGCCGCCUGCCGAGGCUUUCCGUGGAGUCAUCCAGAAGGCUUUCGCAGCGAGCCUCAAAGACGUGCCCACUGCAAAGCCGCCAACAAAGGCGAGGCCAGCGACGAAGCCUAUGCCGAGACCUGCCGGAACGGGCGAUCAAGCGAGACCACCACCAAAAGCAAGACCAACCGCAGCAAAGUCCAUGCCGCAGCAGCCGAGAGCAAGAACAGAUGAGGAUGAUGUGAUUGUUCUCUCGAGCUCCUCAGCCCGAGGCGGGGGCUCCGAUGCGAGUCGGCAGAGUGGAGGUGGCAAGGGACACAGCGGAAGGCGAAUUGAGGUGCGCCCCGAGCUCAAGCGCAAGCAUCCUUCCUAA